GCUGCUGCGUAUAGCGGGGCAGCGCGGCAGGCGGGAAGAAGAGAGAGAGGAAGUAGUUUUUUUUUGGGGUGUUCGAGGGGGAACGGGUGGUGUAGAGUGAGUAAGGAGUAUCUCUUAGUGUACUUAACCGGUGCACAGGACCGAGUUAGUUCGAAGGCAGGUUCGAGCCACGUUGGUGCUCCGGAGAGGAAAAUUGCUGUCAGCGACCAGAACACAGACGGGCAUCGUCGGAGAGCUACUCCCGGUGCCGCACAGAGGGAAUCGGAGGUUGGAGGGAUCGCAGUAAUCUCCCUGCUAUAUGGAGACGACUCUUCAACUUCACGCACCAAGGACGGCGCAGGUGAUAUUUAAUAAAAUUUAUUUUGGCGAAUGCAAGUCAGAGUGAUCAGCAACUUGGCCAACAAGUAGAAGACAUCCGCUAACCGGACAGACAGUAAGCGGAGUUUUAAGAGAUCGCUGCUGCACACCCCAUUUGCUGCGUACGCUACAACCUGGCAGACCCGCCAUGUUCUAACUGUACGCCCGGAUGCCCGAUUUCUCUGGCGGACAUUGUGGAAGUAGACAUACUGAGCAGACUUUCGCAGGGGAGUGUUGAUGUUAUUGGACUGAUUAUUAUAAAGUGACAGUGUUAUAAAGCGCUAAAUGAAUAUGGUUAAUUUCUGUUAUGAGGUUGUUAUUGUGAAUGUGUUAUAUGAAUGUGUCCUGUUGUAAAAUUACCACGAAUGUGUUGUGUUGUAUGAAGGGUGAAAAGUAACCCGUCAGAGUAAGGAGGAGGGAGGUAGAUGGGGGUUCUUAAUUGAGGCCUCUACCGUUAGGCACUGAGCGCUCAGUAGGGUGACAGGGACUGGGGUUUCAUUAAUAGAGGGGAGUCAGGUUGUUGGUGAAACUCAGUUUGGUAAUUGCAGUCCUCUUUUGUAUGUGAGUUUUAGUUCUUUACAUUUAAUAACUUGAUAAAUAUCCCACAGGGAAUAAAUUGUCUGUGUGUUCGAUUUACCUUAUCCUGGUGUACAGUGGCUAUCCUGCAUCUAUCAGUUAGGCUCUCUCCGGAGUAGGGGCGCCUCACCUGCUACUGCUGAGUACUUCGGUGGAGGGGGGUACAGGGCGGGUGCUUAAACAUCACGCCAUCCCCAACAGUACCACACUCCAGGUUUGCACUGUGACACUGAUAGGAAAAUCCUGGAGCCUUAGCCGAUCUGCUCAGGUAGUGCAUGUAGCAGACUCGGGGGGUGGUCGGUGAGGGUACAGGGACCCAGAUCCGGCUGUAUCUUCUCCAUCCGGAGGGUUAGGCAGCCUAAACCCCUACUACGCAGGCUGUGGCCCAGCCUGUUACAUUUUUGGCGUCACGAACAGGAUCUACUCCUGUGGGUCUGUAGAGGUUGUGCUUAGUGUUCUAGCUUCCUUGCAAUACUAGUCUCAGGCAUGGAGGAGCUGCGCAGAGAGUUUGAAGCCCUGCAGGAUAAGUUUGAGGAACAAUCUGCUAGGUUAGGAGAGCAGGCUGCUUUACUAGAACAGGCUAGGAAUGAUCAGAGAGAGGCGUUGUCUUUGGCUAGAGUUGUUAUUGAGCAACAAACAGACACCCAGAGGGCCCCGGUCGCAAUGUACAUCCCCCGAGAAAGGAAAUGCCCUGAUUUUAGUGGCUGCUCUACCCCAGGUGAGCUAGGUGUGGAGGAGUGGGUGGAGGCCAUGAAGUCAUACUUCAAGGUUUCCAGGAUACCUGAAGAGGAUCAGAUGGAACUACUGAAGCAGCACCUGAAGGGGGAAGCCAAACUAACGGUUAAGCUCAUGCUGGGUAGUGCUAGGACAGAGGUGGCUGAGAUAUUUAAAGUGCUUGAACAAACAUAUGGUGAUAGGGUCCCUAUUGGAACCAGGCUUAGGGAAUUCUAUGAUAGGAAACAGUUGCCAGGGGAGAAGGUACGGACAUAUGCGUAUGACCUCCAAGAGAAGCUUUAUCAGGUGCAUCAGCGAGACCCAGAGCGUGUCCCAAAUGUUGGAGUCCUGUUAAAAGAGCAGUUAGUGCUUGGCUUACGAGAUGAUACUUUGCGAAGAGAAAUGAAGAGGCAGAUAAGAGAGCAACCCGCACAGUCUUUCCUUGAGCUUAUGCAGGCUGCUAUUGCCUGGUCAGAAGAAGAAGAGGCACCAGCAGGCCUGGCUAGGCAUCCAGUGAGGGGGGCUGUUCACGCUGCUGCUGCUGAAAAUGACGUUACACCACUGACAUUAGAAGCUCUUCAUAAUGCCAUCAAGCAGUUGUCAGAUCGGCAGGAAGCACUCUUCCGGUUGGUGCAUGAAGUAAACCGGCCAGGGGUAUCCCGCUCAGUUCAGAGGCGAUCAGCCCUUCAAGACGAGCAGGGUGUGCGACUCUGCUACACCUGUGGCCAACCUGGGCAUAUCAGUCGGGUCUGCCAGCAGUCCAGAAGCGGGAAUCAGAGGCCGACCCAGAGUCCAGUCGAGGCAGGUCGGGCCAGUAGCGAUGUGCAGGGACCUGUCAGUGGUGCUGCGGGAGUCAGGACAGUUGUAGCAGGGGAAGAGGGGCUUAGGCCUCCGAUGGGUAGUGCAAUCGGCGAGUGCCUCUCCGUAGAGGUGUACAUAGGGGGUGUGGCCGUUGACUGCCUUCUGGACACUGGGUCAGAAGUCACAACGAUCUCUGAGGCCUUCUUCCGAGAGCACUUCGGGGAAGCUGGAUCUUCUCUGUCUCCCGCCAAGUGGGUUCGACUCACUGCUGCGAAUGGGCUUGACAUUCCGGUUAUUGGGUGCUUGGAGACAGACAUUGUGUGUAUGGGGAAGGUGUUGUCAAAGAAAUGUGUUUUUGUAUUGAGGGAUGAGCAGGCCAGUUUAAGGUCUACAUGUAAGGUCCCUGGUAUCUUGGGGAUGAAUGUUUUGGGGGAGCUUAAAGAUUUUUUCCCUGACUUUAUGGGUACAAAGAAAAUUAAUCGCGGUAGUUGUCACCCUGGAGUAGCUAAUCUGGGUCGGGUUUUGGCUGAAAUUGAGAGGGAAGAGCGCUGUGCAGGCCCAGGGGGGAGACUUGGCUAUGUAAAGGUGGCUGGUAGGCGACCCAUUUUUAUUCCCCCACUUAGUGAGAAAGUGAUUGAGGGCCGUUGUGGGGUGCCUCCCAAAUCAAAGUGUCAAGUGCUGGUGGAAGCCACAGCCGGUGUAAGUUUGCCUCGUGGCCUGCUUAUUGCAAACACCUUAGCUCACGCUGUAAAUGGCACAGUCCCAGUUCGGGUGCUUAAUUCCGAUACAAGGCCUAUCAAGCUGCCUGCGAGAGUGCGGUUGGCGCAGCUGAGUAGACCAGAGAAAGUUGUACCAAGAGAAGUCGUGUCUGUGGAAGAGGUUGAUGGCGGGCUGUAUGUGAGUGAGAUAACAGCAGAUGCGAUCCCAGUGAAGGAGCCUCAGGGGCAAUUACCAGUUCCAGUGGAGGCUAACCUCCAAGGGCUUACUCCACUACAAAUACAAAGGCUGUCUGAGUUGUUGGUGAAGCACCAAGCUGUAUUUUCCCAACAUGAUAGUGAUUAUGGGUUUACGACAACAGUGACCCAUCAUAUCAAGACAGGGGAGGCACACCCUAUUAAACAGAAGCAUCGGAGAAUUCCUCCGCAUGUUUUUCAGGAAUUCAAGAGACAUGUUCAGGAUUUGGUGGCACAGGGGAUCCUGACAGAGAGCUGUAGCCCCUGGGCUUCUCCCGCUGUGAUUGUAGUCAAGAAGGACAGGUCUGUGAGGUUCUGUUGCGACUACCGGAAGUUAAAUAAGGUGACCUACAAGGAUGCCUACCCGCUCCCCAGAAUAGAGGAGUCGUUGGACGCCUUGGGUCAGGCAAAGCUGUUCUCAUCAUUAGAUCUUACUGCAGGCUACUUUCAGGUUGCAGUGGCUGAGGUGGACCAAGAAAAGACUGCGGUGACUACACCAUUUGGGCUGUACCAGUGGACCCGGAUGCCAUUUGGCCUUUGUAAUGCGCCAGCGACUUUUCAGUGCCUUAUGGAGGUGGUCCUAGGAGAUUUAGCAUUUGAGGUUCUCCUGAUAUACCUCGAUGAUGUCUUGGUUUUUUCGGCAGAUUUCGAAAGUCAUUGUGAGAGGUUGGAUCUUGUUUUUAGCUGGCUGAAAGAGCAUGGUCUUAAGCUUAAGCCCAAAAAGUGCUUCUUGCUGAAACCAGAGGUAAAGUUCCUGGGUCAUGUUGUGUCUGCCGCUGGGGUACAGGUAGACAUGGAGAAAGUGAGGGUGCUUGUUAAUUGGCCAAUCCCUCGUUGUACAAAAGAUGUGAGGCAGGUAGUUGGGUUUAUGUCAUAUUACCGACGCUUUGUACCAAACUUUGCCCGGCUGGCAAGGCCAUUGCAUGCUCUAACAGGAGGGGCUAGGAGAGGUAAGAGGGGAGAACAGUUGACCCCCUUCCUCUGGAGUGAAGAUUGUCAACAAGCGUUUGACAGUCUUAGGCAGAGCCUUAUGGCGUCCUCUAUCCUUGCAUAUCCAAACCUAAAAAGCCCCUUCAUUUUAGCAACAGAUGGUAGUUCCCUUGGGCUGGGUGCGGUGCUUAGUCAGGUCCAGGAUGGUGUCGAACGUGUGAUAGCUUUUGCUAGUAGGGGUUUAAGGGGCUCAGAAAGAAAUGAUAAAAACUACAGUGCAUUUAAAUUGGAACUGCUGGCUCUUAAAUGGGCCAUCACAGAAAAAUUCAGGGACCUGUUGAUGUAUUCCAAGUUUACGGUGAUUACCGAUCAUAACCCUCUACGUUACUUGGAAACCGCCAACUUGGGGGCUGUAGAGCAGAGAUGGGCUGCCCAGUUGGCAGAGUUCGAUUUUGAGGUGCAGUAUAAGCCUGGAAGUCAGAACACCAACGCGGAUGUCCUGUCCCGCAUGGCUCUGGCCUUGGAGCCAGAGGUAUCGGAUGCAGAGAAGGACUUCUUGCUGCUAAAUGCAGAGGAGGUGCGUGCCUGCUUGUGGCCGGGGCAAGUGUCAGNGCAUGUAGCAGACUCGGGGGGUGGUCGGUGA